AUUAACAAGAACAAAGAUUGGGAAUAAAGAUUUUUCUAGUAAUACACAUUUAUUUUCUAAAUACAUUAAAUCAUGGAUGUUUCGUUAGUUCACUUAGAUUAUGUAAUGAUUUUAUUAUUAUAUGCACAGAUUGGCACCAUUCAUUAAUAAUCUCAAUGUUAAGCGUUUUCCAAAGAGAUUUAAUCAUAGCAUGAUCCUGCAAAGCAAUAUGCCGAUAUGGAAAACAACAUCUAACAAUAUGGAACUGUAAGUGCAUACGUUGUUAAAUUAGACACAUCUUCUCUGACUGGCCUAAGGACGACAUCACUUACUUUUAUUUCCAAGAGAACAGUGAAAAUGACAGGGUCACCUGUUUCUACAAAUCUUAUUUUUUAUUUGUAUUUUUUCUUUUAUAAUCAAUUAUUUCUCCAUGUCUUUCUUUUUUAUUUUCUAAAGUCUUAAAAGAUUUAACUACCUCAAAUCGUAUUUUUAAUUUAAUUAAAAAUAUGACCAUUACAAUACAUGCUAAGCACAACAAUGAAAUGAAAGGGUAUCACUGUGGUCACUGCUUUUGUAUACCUGAUCCAGAGACUAAAUAAUUCAAGGGACCGGGGACAGGAGGAAAGCUGAUGUUACCAUAAUGUUAAAACACUUAAGUGUAAGACGGGAGUGUUUUAUACAGGAUCCUGCCAUUCAGUGUAUUUUCAAAAUGGAUGAACUUCAAAUUAAACUGAAUCAGAGAUUUGAAGGGAAACCUAGGAAAGUGAGAUUUAAAAUUGCUUCAUCUUACAGUGGGAGAGUUUUGAAGCAUGUCUAUGAAGAUGGGCAAGAGCUAGAGAGUCCAGAAGACGAAUAUCCACAUAGUUUCAUCCAUGGGAAACUCCCAAAGCAUUUAGAGGUUGAACAGCUGUAUGGAUUUGGAGAGCUGAGGGAACCCGAACUGUUCUCGCCACCUCCUUUAAUGGCUGAAAGGAUCAAUGUGUACAGAGGUGGGAAGUACAGCCUCACAGGUGAACCAUCCCUUUUCGAUGAUCCAUCUUCAGUGAGCUCCAAACCAUCCUCUGUUUUGGACUUUGGAAAGAUAAUAAUCUACACUAGCAAUCUGCGGAUCAUCAGGUCUCCCUGGGUGAAGAAGGCAUCUACAAAGAGCUCUCUUCAGAACAGAGACGGCACAGAUAGGGAUUCAAGAACAGAUGAAGGUGGUAAAGAAGGACAAGACUAUGUGCAUGGUGUUCUUGGGGAAGAUCAAUCUAAUAAAACUGCAAACAGCAAGGUAAUACUAAUACAUACUUACUCAUCAAACAAAAAUAAGUCUGUUCAGCAGCUAUUCCUGCACUCAAAGACUCUGCUGUUAAACAUCUUCAAAGAUAAAUUGUUCUUUUUAUUAUUCACCACAUAUCUUUCUACAGUCUCAACAUUCUCCCGAAGCAGGGUAGUUGAAUAUGCACAAUUACCAAUCUAUAUGAUAAAUUUGGGUCUUUUUUUCUGUGUGCUGUUUCUUCAGCUCUUCUUGUCCUUAGAGCUUCCUGGAUUUUUAUCCAGAACUGCUAGGAUUAUUUGGGAUUCAGAGGACAUUUGAUCUGGGUGACAAUCCGAAAUGCUGUGGGAGAGGCUAAAUGUCAACUUGCGAGUUUUUAAUAGCAGGAGAAAUGAAUCAUAACCCGGUGAAUGAAAACGCAAUGGGCUCCAUUGUAACAAAUGCAAAAAACGAGAAAUUCUCAUUCUUGGUCACAACCAGGGGAGUAAGUUAAUUAUACAGUAGAUGGAUGGAAACUGGAUAAAUAAAAGCUUAGUGGGAACUUGCAUUGCCAUGUGAUAUUAUACAUCAGUACCAUGCAGUAUGUGACAUGCAAAUACAUAAUGCAAUCUGAACGCUUUCAACAGAGGAUUUCAAUGACAAACCCCUCUGUAUUUGCCUUUGCAACCCAGUCAGUUUCUGCACCAUGGCAGGUGUUGUUCAGCCCUUGCCAGUAUACGCCCCCUAGUGGAUGAAUUCAGAGGAGCUGACCUGUCCU